GUUCUCUGCGGAAUGGCAGGUCGACGGAGACAAAGAAACUACGCCUGCAGACGGACGGACUUCACGACUCACAUCCGACGAACGAGAAGCAAGGCGAAGGGGAAACGAAGACGUACGGGUUCCUGAAGCUUACAAGGUCCAAGGGAAAGGAUGGCAAGACGAAGACUAGCGUAGCGUGGACUCUGCCAUCCAACCUCACUUGGAUUCAAAACAAUUGGACAUGGUCCAAGUGGAAGCCCGUUAUUAGGAGCGCGCUAACAGCGUGGGUGUCAGUGCUACUGCUGAUCAUUCCAAGGACGGAACGAUUGAUGGGACAGGCCAGUUUUCUGGUUGUGAUAGCUGGGUUCCUAUCACCCCCGAGUGACCCGUUUAUUGCGGUACUGGAACGAGAAACCAUUCUCGUCUUCUUGGUUACGUUAGCUUGGGCAUGGAAUUGCCUGGGAGCGAAGCUCGCAUCCUUAGCUAGAGAUCACGUGGACUAUUCAGUGCCUCUAGCAAGUAUUUUUACAGGACAAUAUGUCGAAGCCGCUCCGACUGUCAUUAGCGCAGUAUUCCUUUUUGUAGGCAGUUAUUUCUUUUUAUUCACUAGGGCACGACAAGGUCCCGGCCCGUUUCUGUUUGGCACAGUCCUUGGAUGUGUUGCUCUCGACAUAUCGUUUACGACGGGCAACCUGUUCCCUUAUCCCUACUACCCGAUCGGGCAAGCCGUAGUAGUGCCAAUAGCUUUGCACUCCGCCGUCGCCCUCGUCCUCUCCGUCCUGGUCUUCCCAAGCACUAUUUCAUCACAGUACACGGACCGGCUAAUCGGUGUACUCCAACCUUUGGAGACAGCCAUGGCAGAGCACCGCAAGUUACUUGCCACCCCUACAUCUUCGCAAUCGUUCUCGCCGGCUGCUAUCAACGCGUCGGUGGCGAAGUCGGAAGCUGGAUUGGUCCCACUUGCAGCCACGGCGCGACUCAUGAAGCGGGACAUUGUCUGGAGUCGCAUAAGCCCCUCAGAUCUGACAAGCCUGCACAACUGGGCGAGACGGAUGGCCGUACGGGCCAAUGGUUUGGGUGCCUACUUCACCCUCAUCGAUCCGCUAAGGGAAAGAUUCCCUAUCACGCCCCAUCCGUCCCGACCUACUACCCCCGCGCUCUCACCGGUUCAGUCUCGAGCCGCGUCACGCACACCUUCGCGAGCUCCGUCCCCUGAACCUGGAUCUAGGGAGGACGGGAAUGAUAGCGACGCAACGCCUGGAACGCCUGCGACGGAGACAGCACACUUUGAUCAAGAUUCCGAUAGCCAUCACCAUACCGCAAGGCGGAGGCGGCCGACACGAUCCAGGAAUUCCGAGUCGGGACUGAGCCGGCAUUCAGGACUGCAUGUGCGGGCAACUUCGCCCCAUGGACAUCACCACUUGCAUCACCUGCAUCACCGGCUACAUUUGCAUCUAUCACUGACGCCUGCGAGGGAACAGGCUGUCGGUGUCUUCGAAUCGUUGCGAUACAUGGAUAUCGAGUCCCAACAGUUUUACCACCCUCUAUCGGCGCGGUUCACCGCCCGUUCGACAGAGCUAGUUAGAGAAGGCUGCGACGAACUCUUGGAGAAAUGCGGGGAUGCACUGAAGGGGGCGUGUACUUGGCUCAGUCAGACGCGACGGCACCGGCUCAAAUUCUGGAGAAGUACUCGCACCAAAGAGAAAGAACUAAAGGAAAAGGCAGAGGCGCUGGAGAGACUCCGGAUGGAGCUCAGUGAGGCUUUAAAGAGAUUUAUGCAGGAUAAAAGGCUCUCUGUCCUCGAACCUUAUCGUUCGGACUCUGACCCACAACGUCUAGCGGACGAUGCACCUCCGCAUCGCUUCUUAUUCCACUGCUUCGUCUACGAGUACCAUCUCAUGCGCUUCGCUCAGCUGAUUCUUGAAUUGUAUGACGAAAUGGUUAAGAUUGAGAAGAAUAGGAAAAAGUUAAGAAUCUGGUGGCCUGCCGUACCGUUGCGGAGUUACUUUGCUUGGUCUACCUGGGAGCCUGCAGAGAAUCUUGAGAGAGACGACGAUGAGAACCCAGAUGUCAUACAGGGUAUGCAACCGGAGUGGGUUCAAGACUUAGGCGAGCCAGUGCGACGUGAUCCAGACGCCAUGCCGCCGCGGAACAUGUUUGAAGUAGUGGCGACGCAGCUAUACCAAAUUGCAGGAGCGCUUGGUCGCGGUAACUCGCUCUAUGCAUUUAAAGCCGGUGUGCUGACGGUUAUCCUCAGUAUACCAAGCUUCCUGGCGUCCACUGCAGCCUUCGCCUAUGCAAAUAGAUUCAUAUGGGGAGUAUUCAUGGGUCAGCUUACUCUAGUACGCUUCCGUGGCGAUACUACGUUCGGUUUGGUGGCGCGAAUAAUGAGUACUUUCCUGGGAGGCGUUGUGGGAACGGCGAUGUGGUACAUAGCCAGCGGCUCAGGCCACGGAAACUACUACGGCUUCGCUGCCGUGUGUGGCGUGUGCUUUCCGUUCUUCUUCUUCGCUCGCCUCUACUGGCCAGGCCCGCCUAUGACAAACAUUAUUUUCUUCGUCACUAUUGUAUUGGUGCUAGGAUACUCUUGGCAAGAUACACACUACCCUCAGCCUUCAUCUCCGGGUGAGGGUUUCGGUGUUGCUUGGAGGCGAUUUGUUCUGGUAGUAUGCGGUGUCACUGCCGCCUUCAUAUUCUCGUUCCUGCCACCAUCGAGCUCGCUUCGUGGCUAUAUGCGGCGAAUAUUAGCCACGACCGCGAGCGAAACAGGGGCUCUGUACUGUUCUAUCAUAUCUUUUGGUAACACCCCAAAGGAGCUCCGGACAGACUACGAACGGCAAGAGAUAAUCCGUAGCCUUAUUGCGAUACGAGCCAAACUGAAACGGUCCAUUGUACUGCGGGCCAAUAUUAUAUACGAGUUUUCCCUCCGAGGCAAAUGGCCUUCCAAACGAUAUCAGACCAUUGUGGAAAUUCAGCUGCAAAUUGCCUAUCUUCUCUCACAUUUGAUGUCGGUCGUCGAACAGCUAGAGCCUAUAUGGUGUCAAGCCUUUUUGCGGCGGACUCGCUUCCUGGAUGCUGACUUCCUAGGGGCCGUCCUUGCGGUGAUCAGUCUGAUCUCCACGGCUCUCCGUACCGGUACACCUCUUCCCCAAAUCACCCCAUGCCCGCUAGUAGACCGCUUUAUGGCUAAUCAUCAUGGACUUAACGUCCUCAUCGAAGAGGAGGACUACGUACUCGGUCUGCCCAAGACACUGACCAUCGACACUCUUGCGAACGAACAGUACAUGUUCUUCUGCGUCGCUGUCUCCACCUCGUACGGUAUCAUGACGAGGUUGGACCGCUUGAUGGUGGCAACCAAGGAGAUCGUCGGCGAACAGUACCACAUUCAUGGUGUGGGAUUGAAGGGGAUGAACACCAGGACAAAUUCGGUCCGACCAGCCAUGGACGUCUAACCUGCAUGUCUGGAGUCUUCGGUGUAUACCAGUGGGUAGGGGUUGCUGCUGUUCCUUCUAAUCAAUGGGAUGGGAUCUUGGUUGCUGGUAAUACUCAUGUUGUCUGUUGUCACGAAUUUUGCAUCGUUGUGCCUCACGCAUAUUGUAUCGAUAUCGAUAUUUCAUACGGGGCUACUUAGAUCUUCAUCACAACACAAU